AUGGCCAGCGAAGCUCAAUUCGACGCCGCUUUAGACCUCCUCCGCCGGCUCUCCCCACUCAAUGUGUCAUCGAACCUCACAGCCAUCACGAACCUGGUGCCCGACCUGACCGAAGACCUCCUCUCCUCGGUCGACCAGCCGCUCAGCUCGGCACGAUGCAAAAAGACGGGCCGGGACUACCUGCUAUGCGACUACAACCGCGACGGCGACUCGUACCGGUCCCCAUGGAGCAACGAGUUCGAACCGCCGCUGGACGACGCGACGUUUCCGUCUGACCGCGUGCGCAAGAUGGAGGUCGAGGCCAACACGGCCUUCGAUGUCUACCGGCAAAUGUACUACGAGGGCGGCACGGGCAGCGUGUACCUGUGGGACCUGGACGACGGGUUCGCCGGCGUGGUGCUGCUGAAGAAGAGCGUGGCGCAAGAGGCCGGCUGGGACAGCAUCCACGUGUUCGAGGUCGACGAGCGCCGCGGCGGCAGCAGCGGGAGGACCUGCCACUACAAGCUCACCAGCACCGUGAUUCUGCACCUGAGCAGGCGCGGUGAGGGCGUCGGAGCGCUCAACCUCGCCGGCAGCAUGACAAGGCAGGUCGAGGCCGAUCUCGUGGUCGAGAGCGCCGGCGGGCAGGGCAAGGACGGCGGACACGUGUGCAACGCUGGACGCCUGAUCGAGGACAUGGAAGGGAAAAUGAGGAAUAUGCUUCAAGAGGUGUAUUUCGGCAAGGCCAAAGAUGUCGUCGGCGAUCUGAGGAGCGUCGCACCGUUGACGGGCGUGAACCGUGACAGGCAGACGCAGAGAGAUGUCAUUUCCAGUAUGGGUGGGAAGUGA